AGAAACAGAGCUCCGCGUCUUCGAGCCUGAAUUUAGUUCAACGUGGAAACUUUGACGUUAAAAACGACAAACUAGAGACGUUUGUGUUUGUUGCUGCUCCACGUGAAUUCAACAGGAUCAUGAGCGACCCAGAGGAACACGUGGAAACACGCACACCGACGGCUGGAAAACUGACGCCAGGAGGAGACACAGCUGAGAUGUGCUUACAAGAAGUGACAAGGCCCUCCACCCCCCCGGAGGUACGGAAAUUUCGCAUGCCACCAGAACCGGGAGCUGUCAGAGUGCACCCGGGCAAGGCAGAUGAUCCAGAUGUUGCCAGCACGCUCGUUCAUGGCAUGAGGAACAUCCCAUGUCCUACUGUCAGAAGCUUGAUAAAUCCUCCCCCGAAGACUGUGUUCCAAAAUAAGCUGCAAGAGCUCAGUGAAGCAGAUACUCUGGGCUCAGGUGAUCAGCAGAUUGGACUUCCCACCGUGUGUAAUGACAAAACUCCCUUCGGGGAUAAAACAGUUUGGGAUCAUGAUAUGUGGGAUAUUAUUAACCCUAAAAAAACAGCUGAGCAGCUGAAGAAGGACGCUCAGGCGGGGCAUGAAAAUUAUGUCCGCACCCACAAUGCCUAUUUUCCCGGCGAGCAGAUUGACAGGAAGUACGACUGGACUCAGGACGGUAAAGACAGCAGGUUCGGGAAGGCCACGCCUCAUUUUAACGACGGACGUACUACUGGCAAAACUCUCUGCUGGUUCGGGGAGUCGCGCAAGUUUUACAAUCCAAAGACUGUUUGGACAAGAUCUGGGGACAAGGACAGGAUGCAGCAAAAAUCUGACAACGCUAACAAGAUGAGAAGAAAUCCCUUGAAUUUUUCCCCAGAUCACAUCUUUGGUCUGCCAAAGCCGCUGGAUGAAUUCGGUGCUGGAGAAGUUAUCCACUCCGCGGAGCCAGGGCAGUACGUGAGGGUUCCAGACCAGCAGCACAGCCUGGUCAGCGCAGUGCGAAUCCAUCUCAAGAGGGUCAACUUCCAGAACUUUCCCUCCCUGCUACAGGCGUUCAGACAUUAUGACAAGAACGGAAAGGGGAUGAUCAACAGAGACGACCUACUGGCAGUUUGCCGUCAGUUCCAUCUGGAUGUUGGUGAGUCGGUCGUGGAUGACCUGAUUGAUUACUGUGACACAGACAAGGAGAGACACAUAAACUUCCUGGAGUUCGCUAACUUCCUCAACUGGAAGGACAGGAUGCCAAUCAACGCUCGGGACCGAUACAUCAUGACGAAUGCACCUGAGACCAGCACAGCUCCAGCCGACAUAGACAAGAUGUCUUUGUCCCAACCAGAACAGCUUCCUGCCGCUCAGGCCUUGAUUGAUCCUGAAGACAUGGAGCCUGUAGCGCCAGGCAGCUCAAAGACGACCGUUAGGACCCUGAGGCGACUCCGAGAGGCCCCCGACCACUUCCUCACCUCCGCUUCCUUCAUCGGGGCGGACAGGGACCGUCCUCUCACAUCAAACAGUCGCACAUAUGGGAUCCCGUCUGUGCGCGCCGACCUUCCAGCUCCGCGCGUCACCAGAGUCACCGACACCAUCAACUAUGGUGACAAACCCUCGGUGGCAGAUCUCCUGAAUCCGUCGGUUCCCGCCCUCCAAGGUGUUUACAAGGAACACUUCUUCUGUCCUCGCACCAAGGAGGAGAUCGCAGAGAUCUUCAGGAAUGUGGGCGUGGAGAUCUCGGAGGAAACCUUCGAGGAGGCCUGGACCCUGGCGUCCAUGAGGCAGCCGGACGGGGAGGUUUGUGUCCAGGUUUUCAGCAACGUCCUCAAGGAAAUACAAGCCAUGUGAUUCUGAGGAUUGUUUUUUUACAAGUACAAUGCUUCCCCACCGCGGUCGAUAUUUAACUCUAAAUAGAUUUUCUCUCCUUUGUUGUAAAACUUUGAUGCUAAGUUUUUUUUUUAACAUGAUAAAGAAACACUGACUUUUCUUUCUUUCAGUGGUCAUAGGCAAAUCAAAUCAAAUAAAAAUAACUGAACCAUAAGGUGUACAGCAAAAGCAGAAUAUUUGUUUCACAGCACAAAAAAAUGUUAAAAUCUUAGUAAAAUAUCAGUAACUUCAUUGCAAGAAGUAAUUAAAGAGCCAGAACGACAUGUAAAUUGCUUAAUCUUUAACAAUGGGACACAUUGAUGCGUUUAUAUGAACACGUGCAUCACCCGCUUGAUAUCAAAAUGAAUAGUACUCAGCUUGAGCUUUGAUUUCUUGAGAGUGAUCCACUCUUACAUUAAUCAACUCAUUAAUGAAAUCCAGAGAAACUAAACUUUACAUUUGAAACUUUUCUUCCUGUGGGGUUGCUUUGAUCCGGCAGAAUCAGCUGAAUCAAAUAAACACUAAGAACUGUGUUUUGUGCACUGGAACAAUUUUAUUUUAUUUUUAUCACACCUGCGUCCAGUAGAAAAUUGAUGGUUUGAUACUUUAUCAUGAUUCUGGUUCUGAAUCCACUGGAACGACAAACAGAGGAAAGCAGCACUGAGUAGAACUUCUUUUUAAAAAAUGAAACAUUUUUAAUGGCUACCAUCAGACUAAUGUGUCUUGUCAUAUGAGCCUUUAUCUGAGCUUCCUCUCGACCUAUUUCUUGGAUUAUGUUUUUUUUUUGGAGCGCUGCCUUUUCCUUUUUAUUUUACGAAUUCUGCUGGAAGCCACGCAGCAGUUUCUGGCAGAGCACCCAUUAAAAAAAAAGAAGGUUAUGUGAAAAGACACUGCACCUGUUAUGCAUUUUUCAAUAUGUUGCGUUAUAUCUUACACCAUCAAGUUGGUUUGUAUGUGAUACGGUGGAGAAGUGAGCUGCACCUUUAAAACUUUGAGGUGAAGUGUUCUCGUCGUCUGUCUGGUGUGUGGAUCAGGUUUACUCUGUCGAUACAAAACAAAAACUCAGCGUUGUCAUGUAUUCAAUUAGUGUUUUCUGUUUUAUGCUCAUAAUUUAGUUUAAUGAAUAUUUACAGUGACAUUAAAGUGAAACCAAAGCCUCUUGAUUGUCCCCUGGUGGUUGGUGACAAACCCCACCUCCUCCAUGUUAGCUGAUGGGACCAAGCUAAUUCUCAAGAGAUAAACAUGUCAGUGAACAAAAUAAGUUUUUUCCUUCCACGCCCCAUGUCUUGUUUAUGUGAAAAUUAAUUUCGCCAUUGAAAUGAAAGAUACAGUUCCAUGAGCUUAUUUGUUGUGUCAACACUUCAGCUUCUUUGUGUUGAGAAAUCUUUUGUCGUUACGCCUAAGCUCUUGUGAAACAGUGUUAAAUCUUUAAUUGAUUGCGUUGGACUUGAUAAUAACAGCCUGUGAGACCGUUGCGGUUCUCUGCACCUUCAUCAUUUGUUCUGAGUAUUAGGUUUGAUUUUUUUUUUAAAGCAUAUUUAUCUUGUAAUUCUAUUAAUCAACCUUUAAAUUAGUCUGACAGAGAUGAUACAAUUAAUUUAUGCGUCCUUGGAGCUGAGAUGCGUGCAGACUAAAGAAGAUACGAGGAAUUGCUGGUAAUCUGUUUCGCUAACCAGAUUAAUGAAACAUGUUGGCACGCGGCCUCGACCGAUCCACGUGUCAGAACAUUACAAAACAGCAAAAUAACUAAUAAAACAACAUUAGCAUUUGUACAUUCA